AUGUGGGCGUGUCUGCUUUUCUUUCUGGCCUCGUGCUCGCCUGGCGGCCUGGCUCAGACAACGCGGGCCCCGCCCACGGCCGCCACCCCUGGCCCAUCCCCGUCAUCGUCCCCGCAGAAGGCGAAGGUCCGACUGGCCGGGUUCCCGCGCAAGCACAACGAAGGUCGUGUGGAGCUCUUCUACAAGGGCGAGUGGGGCACCGUUUGCGACGACGACUUCUCCAUCGCCAACGCCCACGUGCUGUGCCGGCAGCUGGGAUUUGUGGAGGCCACCGGAUGGACGCAUAGCGCCAAAUACGGCAAGGGCCAAGGUAAGAUCUGGCUGGACAAUGUGCAGUGCGGCGGCAGCGAGCAUAGCAUCGGCAUGUGCAAAUCGCGCGGCUGGGGCAACAGCGACUGCACACACGACGAGGAUGCCGGCGUGAUCUGCAAAGACGAGCGGAUUCCAGGAUUCGUCCAAACCAACGACAUCCGGCAGGACGGGGACGAGGACAAGCUGGAAGAGGUGCGUCUGCGUCCGGUGGUGGCGGCGGCCAAGAAGCGGCUCCCCGUCACCGAAGGCAUCCUGGAAGUCAAGCGCGAGGACGGCUGGGCACAGGUGUGCGACCUGGGGUGGACGGCCAAAAACACUCGCGUGGUUUGCGGCAUGCUGGGGUUCCCUCAGGAGAGGAAGGUCAACAACAACUUUUACAGGUUGUUCAUGGAGCGUCAGAAGAAGGUGUACCGCGUGCAUUCGGUGGCGUGCACGGGCACCGAGGUCCACCUUGGCGCCUGCCGGUUGGACUUCAAGGCUCCCAAUGGCAGUGUGCCCUGCCGGGGCGGCUCGCCCGUUGUUUUGGGGUGCGUGCCCGGACCGCUCUUCGCGCGGGACGGCAAAAAGAAAAGCAAAAUUCCGGGCAACGUGAGGCUGAAAGGCGGAGCCUAUCGUGGCGAAGGCCGCGUGGAGGUGCUGAAGGGCAGCGAGUGGGGCAGCGUGUGCGACGACCGAUGGAAUCUGCAGUCGGCCAGCGUGGUGUGCAGAGAGCUGGGUUUCGGCAGCGCCAAGGAGGCCAUGACAGGGGGGCGCAUGGGACAAGGAGUGGGUCCCAUCUACAUGAACGAGGUGAAGUGUUCGGGCCACGAGCGUUCCAUCUGGAACUGUCCCUUCAAGAACAUCACGUCGGAGGACUGCCAGCACACGGAGGACGCCGCCGUGCGCUGCAACGUCCCCUACAUGGGCCUGGACAACGCGAUCCGCCUGGGAGGGGGCCGCAGCCGCGCCGAGGGUCGAGUGGAGGUCCCGGACGGCGCGGGAGGCUGGGGCCUGAUAUGCGGCGAGACCUGGACCACCAGGGAGGCUAUCGUGGCCUGCAGGCAGCUGGGCCUGGGCUACGCUAACCAAGCUAACCAAAUCCGGCUCGCGGGCGGUCGCACCUCGUACGAGGGCCGGGUGGAGGUUCGGGUGGGCGCCAAGUGGGGUACGCUCUGCAGCGCGGGCUGGGGCACCCGCCAAGCCAUGGUGGCGUGCAGGCAGCUGGGCCUGGGCUACGCCAUGCACGCCGUCACCGAAACGUGGUACUGGGACACCAGCAACGUGACGGAGAUGGUUUGGAGCGGCGUUAAGUGCAACGGAAACGAGAUGUCGCUGGCGCAGUGCCAGAGACACAAGACGCUGACUUGCCAGAAGGCCGCUGCCAAGUUCGCCGCCGGUGUUAUCUGCUCAGAGACGGCGUCCGACCUGGUCCUGAACGCGACACUGGUGCAGCAGUCGGUCUACAUCGAGGACCGGCCCCUGCACAUGCUGUACUGCGCGGCAGAGGAGGACUGCUUGUCCAAGUCAGCCGCCGGGGCCAACUGGCCGUACGGUCACCGUCGCUUGCUGCGCUUUUCCUCGCAGAUCCACAACGUCGGGCGCGCGGACUUCAAGCCCAAAGCCGGACGCCACUCCUGGCUGUGGCAUGCCUGUCACGGGCACUACCACAGUAUGGAUAUUUUCACCCACUAUGAUCUCCUCAACGCUAACGGAAGCAAAGUGGCCGAAGGGCACAAGGCCAGUUUCUGUUUGGAGGAUUCCGACUGCCAGGAAGGUGUUUCCAAGCGCUACGAGUGCGCCAACUUUGGCGACCAGGGGAUCACGGUGGGCUGCUGGGACAUGUACCGUCACGACAUCGACUGCCAGUGGAUCGACAUCACCGACGUCAAACCGGGAAACUACAUCAUGCAGGUGGUAAUCAACCCAAACCAGGAAGUGGCCGAGAGCGACUUCACCAACAACGCCAUGAAGUGCAACUGCAAGUAUGACGGCCACCGGAUCUGGUUCCACAACUGCCACGUCGGUGACGCCUUCAGCGAGGAGGCGGAGAGAAGGUUCGAGAAGUACCCGGGACAGCUCAGCAACCACAUUUCUUAA